AUGGCGGCGCCCAUACUGCGGUGCGCCCGUGCUGGACGGUGUUGGUCCCUCGGCUCCCGGCCCCGCCGCACGAGAGCGCUUUUCGCCGAGCCCGUGCCGGGCCGGGUGAGAGAGCAGAGCUCCGCAGCGUUACAGGAGCCGAGGCCGGGUGCACAUGAGUGGGCAGCUGUGGUGGGCCUGGAAAUUCAUGCCCAGAUCUCUUCCAAUUCAAAACUUUUCUCCGGAUCUCAAGUUAGCUUUUUAGCGCCCCCUAAUUCGUCGGUGUCUUUUUUUGAUGCUUCCCUCCCUGGAACAUUGCCAGUUCUCAACAGGAGAUGUGUCAAGGCAGCUGUGAUGACAGGCCUGGCUCUGAACUGCACUGUAAACAAGAAGUCUUUAUUUGACAGAAAGCACUACUUCUACGCAGAUCUCCCCGCUGGAUACCAGAUCACCCAACAAAGGCUUCCCAUCGCCGUGAACGGGUGCUUGACGUACAGCCUUAGCGUGGGAGCCCAUUGGAGUCCAUCAGCUACCAAAACAGUGAGAAUCAAGCAGAUCCAGCUGGAGCAAGACAGUGGCAAGAGCCUUCACGAUGACACGAGGUCCCAGACGCUCAUUGAUCUGAACCGGGCGGGAGUCGGCCUUAUGGAGGUUGUCAUGGAACCCGAUAUGUCCUGUGGGGCUGAGGCAGCGACAGCCGUCAGAGAGCUUCAGUUGAUUCUUCGGGCCCUGGGAACCAGCCAAGCAAAUAUGGCAGAGGGCCAACUGAGAGUGGACGCUAACGUAUCUGUGCAUCAUCCUGGGGAGCCUUUGGGAGUUAGGACCGAAGUGAAGAAUCUCAACAGCAUAAGAUUCUUGGCCAAAGCAAUAGACUAUGAAAUUCAGAGACAGAUUGAAGAGCUUCGGAAUGGAGGCAAGAUUCUGAAUGAAACACGAGCAUUUGAUGAGAAACUCGGGUGCACUGUGUCCAUGAGGGAUAAAGAAGGAAAGCAAGACUACAGGUUCAUGCCAGAACCCAACCUCCCCCCAUUGAUCCUGUAUGAUGCUGAGUCCCUGCCUACGGCUGCAGACCCCCAGCAAGUGGUAAAUAUCGAUUGGAUUCGAGAAAGACUUCCCGAGCUCCCCAGCGUGACCAGAGGGAGGCUUGUUGAACAGUACGGGAUUCUGCCAGAACACAGCUUCGCCCUAUUGAAUGAGGAUGGACUAUUGGAGUUCUUCCAAACUGUGAUGAAAGAAACUAGGGCAGAGCCAAAAAAAGUGAUUGGUUGGAUUCUCAGCACUUUCCUGGGUUAUUUAAAGCAGCGGAACCUUGCUGUCAGCGAGAGUCCAAUCUCACCUUCUUCACUGGCCGAGCUUCUCAGCCUUGUGGACAGCAAAGUCAUCUCUCUGCCCGCAGCUAAACAAGUUUUUGAGGAACUGUGGCAAAACCAAGGGAAGACUACAGGCCAGAUCAUUCAAGAGAAGAAACUUGAACUGCUGCAGAACCAAGAGGAGCUGGAAGAGAUAUGCCAGGCAGUGCUGGCCGAGCAUCCUCAGGAGGUCAUGGCAGUGAAGAAGGGAAACCAGAAAGUUGUGAAUAAACUGAUUGGGAUGGUCCGAAGGGCAACGGAAGGACGAGCAGACCCCAUCAGGAUAAAGCAGAUCCUGGAGAAGCAGCUGCAGUGAGCAGCUCUAGGGCUGGCUCCCUUUGACUGGAGCAUGAAGAAGGCAAACCAGCAUAGACUGUGUCUGGGCCCCUUCCCUAGGACCUCGAGGCCACAGGCUCUGAUCACAGGGUCUCAGGAAUCCACCAUGCUCACCCCAGAUCAGCAGCAUGCCCUGGCCUCCAGAGCUGAGCCAGUGUUCCCACCCCCCCACCCCCCCACCCGGUCUUUACAAAAUGGCUUUCCCUUGGCUCCAUAUCCCCAUGACCGAGAUUACCAGGAAUUCUCCACAGGAGAACAGAAGGUCUUAUUCCCAUGUUUGUGUCUAUGCCAGUGGGAGCUUAGGGGGUUUCAGUGAGAAAUGUAGCAGCGACCAAGUCUCAGAUUCUAGAAUUCUGAAAUAAAUCAGGCUCGACGAUUUCAAA